GCUGGGACUCCAGGAAGUGGAGGCUUGUUUUGGAGACAGACACCCAUUACAGCAACACCGUGCCCGCAGCGAGUUAGAGGGAAAAUAACAUUAUAUCUAUCUAUCUAUCUAUAUAUAUACCUUCCUCAUUACAUCUUGGGAACUGGAAAAAAAAAAAAAAACUAUUCUUCCGAUUCUUAAAAAAUAGCUGCACAUUUUCGCUAGUUUUGUUGUUGUUGUUGUUGUUGUUCAGUAUUCGUUGAUUAAUAAUAAUAAUAAUAAUAAUAAUAAAAAGUUAGUAAGAAAUUGACUUUGCACCGGAGGCAUUGAUAAUGGGGGCUCACAGAAACGAAGGGCGAAGAGACUGGCUUCAGGAAGAUGCUGUUGAACAGCAGGUCGCCGUGAACCCGUGGAAUAUCAUGAUUAAACACAGGCAGGUUCACCGCAGGGGUCGACGCUCACAAAUGUCCGUCAGUUUCACAGACCCAGUGAUCUCCAUGGAUUUACUGCGAGCGGUCCUGCAGCCCAGCAUUAAUGAGGACAUCCGAGCUGUCUUCAACAAGUACAUGAAGUUCUUCCAGAAGGCAGCAUGCAAUGUGAAGGAGAACGUAGGGGACGAGGUGCACCCCGAGCAGUUGAUACGGGAGGCCUGUCAGAACUGUCUGGAGCAGGCCAAACUGCUCUUCACAGACGGGGAGAAGCCUGUGCUCAAGCCUGCUGUGGAUCUCCCAGGGCCCAAGCGAGUCAGGCAGAUGGAAGACGAGUCCAGUCAGAGAGGAAGCCCUGUUCCAAAAAAGAGGAAAGGACGUCCUCCAGGAUCAGCCACUGCCAACGAUCGUCCGGCUUCCACCGGCUCCAUGUCGAAGACCAAGAUGGCAGAGGUUAUAAAGAGAGAAGGUCCAAAGUGGGAUCCGGCCAGGCUGAAAGAAAGCACCACCUUCGUACUGGGCUCUCGUGCAAACAAGGCACUGGGAAUGGGUGGCACGCGAGGCAGGAUCUACAUCAAACACGCAGACCUCUUUAAGUAUGCAGCAGAUCCACAGGACAAGCACUGGUUGGCAGAUAGGCAGCACAUGAGGGCCACAGGAGGGAAGAUGGCCUAUCUCCUUAUUGAAGAAGACAUCCAAGACUUGGCACAAAGUGAAGACUACAGGGACUGCCCGGAGCUGAAGCUGGAUGAGCUCAAGCCGUUUGCCGUCCCUCUCUGGAUGAUUGAGAAGAUGCAGAAGUCGAUGGAUGGGAUGCGAUCUGAGAGGGAAUAGCUGGGGGUUAAGGGGGCUGGCAGGGGGGGUCUGUAGCUGAUGCGCUGUUGGGGUUUUAAUUCCAGCUCGGAAGAUGUUUUGAACCCCAGAGCGAAGCGAGUUCAGACCAGGGCUCUGACGGGCAUCUCAGUAGGUAGCCUCUGAUUGUGUCUCUGUUCAAGUUGUACCCCCUAUCGCAUAAUUACUGCCCUUUCCUUCCUGUCACUCUCAAGCCAGAGACGUUUGAUUAUAAAGCUUCAUCAGGAAGCCAUGCUCGGCUCAAGAGCGUCGCUUAGUCCUGAUGUGAUGGGGAAUUAAACACAAGGUGGCGCUGUACAUUCCCAAACGCUCAGAGCAGUCAUUGUGAAUGAACUGAACUGCAAACUGCUGUGGGAAUAAAUGAAAAAGCUGUUUGUAUUUUUUUAUUGCUUGCAUCUAAAAAAAAAAAAUUAUUUCUUUUUUUUUACAAACUGUAAUAAAGGGCUUCAUGCAUUAUAUCAUCAACAAACAUUUUGCUAAUAAAUAAAUAAAUAAAUAAAUAAAUAAAUGGCCCGUUAUCCAGUACUGGGUGUCAGCUGUCACUGUGAAUCGGUUAAUGCUGUGUAGAUCAGCCUGGCAACAUACAGAUAGCAAUGUGACAAAUAUAGGGUUAGACUUUUCUAACAGCAUUCUCGUGUCAUAGUUUUGUAAAUGCUAAUAGCUAAACAAAAGCGUGCAGUUGAAAGUGUACUGUAUUCGAUAGUAUUAAAGUUUCUUGUGCACA